AUGCCGGUAACAGGUAUCACCAGCCAGCUUCAGUCCAUACCGCACCAGGAGUAUGGAGCUGAGAGCAACCACGCCCCAGGGGCAAAGAGAAUCAAGCUGGACACUCCAGAGGAGAUUUCUAAAUGGAGAGCGGAGAGGCGCAGGAACUACCCAACCCUGGUGAACGUGGAGAAGAGGAGGAAAGUGAUGGAUGCCAGGGAGGAGACUGGUGCGGUGCUGGAAACGGCUCAGUUUGGGAGGAUGAGGGGUAGAGGUCGUGGACAGCGUGGUGGAAGGUUCCAGAGGGGCAGAUGGGCCAGACCGGGUCCUCAUCCGUCAGAGAGACCACCACACCCCACUCAAACCCCCACGGAGAGGCCUCCACCCCUCACUCAGUUCCCCAGGGACGGAGACCCUCUGGGGGCUCUGGCCAACAGUGACCCAGACUCUGAUACAGAGGAGCCAGUCAGUGGAGGUGGGGUGACUGUGGCCCCUAAACAAAUGACAUCAGGGCUGGGAUCUCUGAUGGCCAGCUACGGCUCCAUGACCGACAGCGACAGCGACCAGGAACCACAAGUCCUGCCCAUCCAGAGGACCAGUCAGCUGCUGAAGGAGAACCAGGCAAUGCUGAAGGCUCUGCCAGCCAAGCCCCAGAACAGUGCUUCAUCUGGGGCUAAGAGACUCUACCCUGAGCCCCCCCGGGAACCACAGCCUGGGUCUGGUCCUCAUAGACCUGGUAGGGGGAGAGGAAGAGGAGCGAGAGGAGGACGAAACAACAUGGACACCCCCCAACAGCGCCGUGCCACUCUGCUUGAGAUGUUACUGGCCCCAGACAUCCGCCAUGAGAGGAACGUGCUCCUGCAGUGUGUUCGCUACAUUGUCCGAAACAACUUCUUUGUAGUGGAGGGUCAAACUCAGGACCAGGAUGGAACUCUGGGCAGAACAGGGACCACAGGUGACCCUAACCUUGACCUCCAGACACAGGAAGUGAGAGCAGAUGAUCUGAGAGCAGAUGAUCUCCCAGCUACCGCUGUGGUUGGUCCAGAUGAAAGAGGUGACCAGGUGAGGUCAUCACUAGAAGGUACCCAGAAACCACCAGUCUGUCAGGGACCUUCAGAGGUGGACAUUUUGAAUGCUGAAGAUGUCCAUCCUGAGGAGAUGCCAGAUGCCGCCUCAAACCCUGAUGUCAUAACUCAGCUGAACUCUAACCCUGAGGUCCUGGGGACUGUGGCUGAGCAGUCUGGAGCCCAACAAGUGGGAGAAGACCAGAGCAUGGAGGAGAACACACAGAGUGGACCAGCCUGCUCACAGUCACAUCCCCUCCAGGAAACCCCAAUGGACUUGGCUUUGAAUGCUAAUUAUGGAGAUGGUCACCCUGAAGACCACUCCCAGACCUCCAUCCCCAACUAUGAUGAUGAAGUCUGGGAGACCCAAGACCCCUGAAGUCACCCUAACCCUUCAAUCAAGACUGUCACCUUGACCCUUCAAUCAAGACUGUCACCCUAAAAGCAGAUUUAUGCUUGAUCCAGAAAUGCGGUCCGGAGGCUCUGUACAGUUGCGUUAUUUUGAGUGAGUUUUUACAGAGACAGUGCACAUUAAUCAACGUUUCAUCAUCGCUAUGCAAACAAGCCUGAUUUCUGCGACAAUUUCUCUGUUUACACAAGUUUUUAGUUUAGCUAAUAAAAUGAAAACAUAACUUCAAACUA